GUUUUGGUUCACAUCUGAGAACGAUCCCCUCCAGCCAAUUAACUUCAACCAUUUUUUCUUAUUCCACUGAGGGAUAAUUGGAGCAAACUGGAGAGUGAGAUCUUUGCCUGGACGAUACGAGAUAAGACUAUUACAACUGGCUUUCCUCUGUGUCCUCAAUUUUCCCGCCUGUGGUAAUAAACCAGAAGGUGGGAGAUCUCCACAAGUGCCCGGUGUGUUGCCCCCUCUCGGUGCGGUUACCUCCUGCUCUGCUCCUCUGCAGACCAACGCGCCGGAGCUGGAUGUCCGGACACUUGCUGCUGCGCUUCUCUUAAUGAACCGGAGAAGUGAGGAGAAGGAGAACACUGGGACUCACAUGGCUCGAUGACAUGAUGUUCCUGCGCUUUUCCCUUCCCCCGUCCACCUCUCUUUUCCCUGUUUUCCUUCUUCUCCUCUUUUUCCUUCCUCCAUCCCUCGUCUCCUCUUCCCUUUCCCACACCCCAUUGAGCUGGACAUCACCUCAUGACCCCUGCUACUACCUGGACGGCCGCCCGCGACACUGCCUGUCGGAGUUUAUUAACGCAGCCUAUGGCAUCCCAGCCAAUGCUAGCUACUCGCUACAAGGGCCUGAUUAUGACAGCAACAUCACCACCUUGACGGACCUGCACAACCCUCACAACCUCACAUGCUGGAUGGCUCACAAAGGUCCUGACGCCGGAGAAUGGGUCCUCACGCUACCUCUGGGCCGCCGCUUUGAGGUCACCUACAUAAGUUUGCAGUUUUGCCAACAGGGGGAGCCAUCGGACCCAAUCUCCAUCUCCAUUCUCAAGUCGAUGGACUUUGGGCGCACCUGGAGGCCGAUGCAGCACUACUCCAGCGACUGCCAAGGAAAGUUUGGGCUGCCCUCCCAGACGGUGGCCCAGACAAGGCACCAAGAGACAGAGCCCCUGUGCUCAGACCCUCGCCCCCUACAAAAGCAGAGGGGCGGCAUGGUGUUGGCCUUCUCCACCCUGGACGGACGACCAUCCUCUCCUGAUUUUGACCACAGCCACACCCUCCAGGACUGGGUGACGGCCACGGACAUCCGUGUGGUCUUCCACCAGGUGUCCAUAGAGGCCAAGGUAGGCAACUUGGACAAGAAAGAGGAAGCACAAUGGCAGGAUGGUGCAGAAGAUGACAGAGGGACUGGGCUUCUGAGGUGGAGAUCAGGCUCCAAGGGGCACACUGGAGAUCAGGUGGACAAGUUAAACACAGAUAAUACACUGGCAUUUUUUGAGAGUGAGACAAAAAACUCAGAGAUAAGGGGGAAGAACAAAGGGGAGAAAGUGGACAAACAUAGAAGGAAGGGUCAUUAUAAAGGGUCAGAUCAAGACGAAGAUGGACACAAUGUGACUAGCAAAGAAAAGGGGGAUAGUUUUAGCACGGACACACUCGCUUCCCCAAAGAAAGGCGGGAAAGCCAGAGGGUGGGGCCGCAAGAAGGAAAACAAUCAUUGGCUUCCUUGCCCCAAUGGAGGUUGUAAUUGGACAGUUGAGGGGCGGAGCAGGAACAACAAGGGGCGGGAACUGAGGAAGAGGAGAAACAAUAAUCUCAAUACAAAACAAAGCUCCAGGACUCUGCAGGUGGCCCCACCCUCUGCUGUCCGAGCUCCUCUGGCCCUCUCGGACCUGCAAGUUGGCGGCAGGUGUAAAUGUAACGGACACGCUUCCAGGUGUCGCCGUGAUGACACAGGCCAGGCAGUGUGCAUAUGUGAGCAUCACACGGCCGGGCCAGACUGUGAUGUGUGCGAAGAUUUCUACUGCGACAGACCGUGGCAUCGAGCUACACCCACGCACCCAAACCCCUGUGUUGCCUGUGAGUGUAAUGGCCACUCAAACAAGUGCCGCUUCAGCAUGGAGGUGUUUCAGCAGUCGGGCCGGCGGAGCGGAGGUGUGUGCCAGAAGUGUCGCCACCACACAGCCGGACGCCACUGCCAGUACUGCCAGAACGGAUACACCCGGGACAACAGCAAGCCGCAGAACCACCGCAAAGCCUGCCAACCGUGUCAGUGCCAUCCUUUGGGAGCAGUGGGUCGCUGGUGUAAUCAGACAUCAGGUCAGUGCCUGUGUCGAGAAGGGGUGACCGGCCUCAGGUGUAACCGCUGUGCCCCGGGUUACAAACAGGGCAAGUCCCCUCUGCGGCCCUGCAUACGAAUUCAAGAGGUCGCUCCAACCCCAGUGUAUCAACCUCAGUACAGCAUAGCGGAGGAGUGUGUUUCAUACUGCCAGCCUUCUCAGGUUAAAGUCAGGAUGAACUUGGAGACCUAUUGUCUCAAGGACUUCGUGUUGAAGGUGCAGGUGAGAGGGAUGGAGCGUUCAGGUCCCUGGUGGCAGUUCUCCAUCUUAGUCCAAACCGUCUUCCGCACAGGGUCCAACUCGCGCGUCCGCAAGGGCUCCCAGUCCCUCUGGGUCCCCGACCGCGACCUUGGCUGCGGCUGCCCCGCCCUCCACGUGGGCCGGACUUUCCUCCUGAUUGGUGCAGAGGAGGGGGAGCGGGGCUGGGGACCAGAGGAGAGGCGGCUGGUGGCGGACCGCUCCACUCUGGCCCUCCAGUGGCGGGAACACUGGAGCCCCAAACUGAGGGGCUUCCGGGGGCAGGACAAGAGGGGCCGCUGCCCACCGAAAUCCCCCAACAACCACCAGCACCCCCCUCACAGAAAGCCCCAGUCUGGGUACAUCCCCCCUCACCUGCUAACUGAGAAACACACCGAGCCUCACGGUGUGGACACACACUCUGUGAAAGUGGAGGACACUCGAACCUCAGUGGUGCCACACACACACUCUCACACAGAUGCAGAGGUUAAAGCCACAAAGGCGACCCCCUCGCCAACUACACCCGCUCUGGUGUGCUCUUCUCAAGGUCCUGGUUGAGAAACACAAACCAAAAAGAGACCAAGGAGAAGAAAAGUGCUCUUGUCACUGACUUUUUUUUUAAUAGUUUUUUUCCUGAAGGUUUCAGGAGGAACAGGCGUGACUUUGCUUCCUCAGCGUGGAGAAACUCCACAACUCACAAAAAAAGCAUACACACCUUUUAUGUAAUAUUUAAAUGCUUAUAUAAAGAUGUAAAGAAACACACGUUUCCUCAUGUAAAGUAGCUGUUCGUAUGUGGGGGUUUUCGGAGGGUAAAGGUCAACUUUCUGCAGCAAAACUCACAGAUGAUGAAAAAAAUAUAUAAAAAUGCAACCAACAAAAUUGGUGCUAUGAAAUAUUAGUUGUAGAAAUUUUAAUAUUUUCUACUAAAGAACCUUUCGAAAAUUUAAGGCUGACUAAACUUAGACUGAAAUGCCAUGCAGUAUUUUUGUCUUAUAAAGACUUUUUUUUUUUAAAAUAGUUUGAAUCAUAUUUAUUAUUGAAACACUACAAACAAGGGUGAACUGAAUAAUAAUAAUAAUAAAAAAAAAAAAAACAUAACAUACAGAAUGUGCACCAAGUCUUAUUUAAACAUUGAUGUUUCUUUUUUUUUAAAUAAAUAAAAAUAAAGGAGA